GUUUUUAUUAUUAGAAGAAUACAUGUCACCGGUCUUUACAUUCCAUUGACCUCCAUCACCUCGCCGCGGCAGCAACAUCAACCAACAACCAACAAGGGGCAGAAAACAGGGCCAACAAUAGCACUCAGCAGCAAAUGGAUGUACUGGUCACCUUCCUCAAGGAUGUCCUCCACCUCUCCUCAGCCCCAGCAGGAACAGACACUGGUGUCGGGACACAGCAGCAGUCCGCAGGCGACAGCGACCUGCCUCUGUGGCAGCCAGAGAUACCGCUUUCGAAGGAGCCGUCGCAGUCAUGGGUCACGAUGACCGAGCUCGUGUUGCCGUCUCAUUGCGACGGACGUGGAUUCUGUCUCGGAGGCACCGUUCUUUCAUGGAUCGAUAUCUCUGCCGGCAUUGCAGCCAAGAAACAUGGCGUGUAUCCGGCGGUAACGAGAAGCGUAGAUGCCGUUCAUUUCCUCGGUCCAAUAACAACUCAGAACAUUGUCAUCAUUCAGGCCAGUGUCAACAGAGCCUGGAAAACGUCUAUGGAGGUUGGCGUUCGUGUUAUGACUGAGGACCUCUUGUCCACAAAUCGACGAUAUUGCUGCCAUGCCUAUUUGACCUUUGUCGCGCUGUCCCAACCGCCCUUGAUGACAUUAAAGCCCAGCUUACCUCAAGUCCCAUCACAGCAAACGCCUCAGCAGCAACCCUCUCAAGAUGUAGCAGCUUCCAGGGCAGUGCUCUUCAACUCGCCGGCGGCAAGGAGAUACAGCUUUUCUCUUCCCAGUGCCAAAUCUGGAUCAAAGAAAAAUGAGGGUUUGAAUCAGCAAUCGAUCCAGCUACCCGCUAUUGAACCCGUUACUCCAAUAGAGAUGGAACGGUACAUAAUGGCGCAGUCUCGUAGGGAAUCUCGCCUUCAACAGUCAAAAGAAGCCAAGGAGGAACAAGAUCAGCUGUUGAGCGACGUCCGGGACCAGAUGCGCCGUUGGAAUGUUGGUCAGAUCAAUAGCUCAAAACUAAAGCUGCCACCGUCUGAAGAGGACAGGACACCGCGUAUUGCUAUGCAAGCUACUUUUGCAGAGUCUGCUCAAUUGGUACUGCCACAGCAUGCUAACUCGCUUUCAAUUACUUUUGGAGGUCAGGUCAUGAAGUGGAUGGAAAAUGUCGCAGCCGUUUCUGCGAGUCGUUUUGCGAGAGUAUCAAUAGUCACCGCAAGCAUUGAUUCCCUGCAGUUCCAUCGAAAGACCAUGAUCGGCGAUUGCUUGACUAUGCGUUCUGUCGUGACCCGUGUAUUCCGGUCGUCUAUGGAGGUCUACGUCUUUGUCGAUAGCGAAAACCUUGUCAACGGAAAGCAGACGUUUACAAACGAGGCGUUUUUUUCGAUGGUGGCGUUGCAGCCUUCCCCGUCCAUCCAGCCGAUGAAAAGCCGUCUACCAUGUCUCGUCCCUGGAUCGGAGCUUGAGCAAGCACUCUCGGAUGCAGGAGAGAGGCGCCGGGUCAAGAGGCUAGAACAGAGGCGCGAGUUGGCAGAGCGCGAAACGCGGUUCCUUGUGCACUCGCCUUCGAUAGAGCGAACUAAUGCGAUGGAGUAUACUGACCAACGCAACUAGCACAGCCAGCACAGUUCUCGGGGUGUGGAUUUAACAGGCGUACAUUGAAGCGAGUGCCAACAAAAAAAAAAAAAAAAAAAAAAAAA